CAAAACGAUAAAAAAUGUCUAAUAUGUAAUCGAAAGUGAAACAAAAAUGAGUAAUGACUACAAUUAUAGAAUUAUGAUGAUCUCUAUUCACUAUUUCACUGUGGUCUAUGACUCAGUCCACUGACUACUACUAGUAUUUAAUCGAGUUACUUUCAACAUUAAGAAUAACUUAUUAUAAUUAAACAAACAUUAAAUCCGACCAGAUUAGAAUUGCAUGUCGUUAUUUAUUGUCAUUGGCAACUUAAAUUUAUAACUUUUUGAAAAAUAAAAAAUUCCCUUAAAUGCUUAACUAUGUUUUUGGAUAAUAAAAAUAUAAUAUUGCUGUCAACUGGAUCCUUCAACCCACCAACAAAUAUGCAUUUGCGGAUGUUUGAAAUUGCUCGAGAUCAUUUAAAUCGUUUGGGACAUACAAUUUGCGGGGGUUUAAUAUCACCUACUCAUGAUUCGUAUAAAAAGAAAGAUCUAGCACCAUCCUCCCAUAGGUGUGCAAUGAUCGAGCAAGCUCUUGUUGCAUUACCUUGGGUGAAGAUGUCUGAUUGGGAAGUAAAACAAAACGGUUGGACGAAAACAAGACAAGUACUACAAUAUCACCAGAAUCAUCUCAAUAUGCUAAUCACUUCUAGACUAAAUGGUGCAAUAAAAGUUGAUAAUUCAUUAUUCCCAGUCCAAUUUAUUGAAAAUCUUAAUAUCAAUGAUUCAAAUCAAAACAGAGCAGUGAAUGUAAGGCUUUUGUGUGGUGCUGAUUUAUUAGAAUCUUUUGCUGUUCCAGGCUUAUGGAAUGAUGAUGAUAUAGAAGCUAUUGUUCGAGAUUAUGGUCUGGUUGUUGUUAGUCGUUCAGGAUCCAAUCCUCAUAAAUUUAUUUAUGAAUCUAAUGUUUUAACCAAAUAUAUGGCAAACAUAAUUGUUGUAACUGAAUGGAUAACAAAUGAAGUUAGCUCGACAAAAGUACGAAGAGCAUUAUCACGCAAUGAAAGUGUAAAAUUUCUUAUUAGCGAGUUGGUUGAAUCUUAUAUCAAAGAACAUGGUCUUUAUGAAACUUUAAAUAAUAAGUACUCAACUAAUGAUAUAUUGGAUAUAAACUCGAAAAGUGUUUUUUUGUCACCCUCUCCUAGCAAUAAGGCUCUUAAAACAUAUAAAAUGGAUGACAAAAAACUUAAUAUUGAUGAACCUGAUAGUCAACCGUGCACUGAAAAAAGAGCUGUUAAUUGUGAAAAAACAAAGGUGAAAAGAAAGAAAAAACGCUAUCAGUAAAUCAGAUACUCUGUUUAGAAAUGUAGUAGUCAAUUGUUUUGUUGUUACUAAUUGUUUUCUAUUAGUUUAAAUUUAAAAUAGUUGCAUGAAGAUUGCUGCUAUGAUUUUGCCUGUUUCUAUUAUUAGUGUUAUGAUGUAUGAGUAGGUAUGGUGUUUAAAAUGUCUAUAUGUACUUACAUUAUUUGUUAUUUAAUAAAUUAUUUUCAGUGUUA